AGGGGCUGUCUGGUUAUAUUAAAACUUCACUGUAUUUGAUUACAGGAUGGUCAAUGGCUACAGUCAGGAGGAGGAAAACACCCAUACAAGAUGCACUGGAAUAUGCAGCCAAGGCCCUUGAUAAGACAGCAGACUUGGAUGUAAAAUAUAUAAACUCAUUCAAAGGUAGAGGAGUGUUUGCCAAAACCUGUUUCCAGAAGGGAGACUUUGUGGUUGAGUACAGAGGAGAAUUAAUAAAUGGUGCAGAAUCUGAAAGAAGAAGGAAGAUAUAUCAUAGCAGAUGUGCUAUCUUCAUGUUCGAUUUCCACUGGCAAAACACAACAUGGUGUAUUGAUGCUGCGCGAGAAGAUGAUAGUCUGGGAAGACUCGUCAAUGAUGAUCACAGUCAUCCAAACUGCAAGAUAAAGAAGAUCAUAUCAGAGGGCAAGCCACAUCUCUUUCUCUUUGCUCUGAGGGACAUAAAUGCUGGAGAAGAAAUAACAUAUGACUAUGGAGGACAUGACUGGCCAUGGAGAAAACAGUAUUGA